AUGCAUUCGCACAGAGAAGUUUCUCUUAGCAGUCGGUUUGGCGCACUAUCCAUCAAGGACGACGCCAGUACGACAAGCUCAGCACAAGAUGAAGAUCAAGUGGUUUUCAGCCAACAUGGAGGAGACACCAGCGUCAGUUCCAUCUCGACUAUGGCGAGUAUCGCGCAAGUGGACAAUGUCACCAUGCGCGCGUCAUCACGCAGGGCCCUCAUGAAACCGCCAGAUCUGUCGCCCAAGAAGAGGCAGGCCAGUCGCAUGACCGAUCCUGUCACGCCUUCGCCAGAUUCUAAGCGAUCGAGGGCCAUGAUGGAAAGACUCGAAGAAACAAUCAUAGCCAUCAAGGACUCGAGAUCCCCAGCUAGAUCCCCUUCUCCUUCUAGACUUCACUUUCUCACAAAAGAUUCUAACUUGACUCAAUUCGUAGGCUGGGAUGUCGAGGGCAGGGUUGCCGAGCUUGACUCGCAGUUUAAACAGGUGAAGGAGUCAAUGACUGUCAUGCUCUCUGACAAGGAGUUGAUGGACGAGCGAGUGGAGAUGUACAAGAAGAGAAUAUCUGAACUCGAGGCGGAACGAGACAAACUCGAAGACCGCAAUGGGAAUUUCCAAAAUGAAAUCAACAACAUGCGCGACCAGAUGCAAAAACUGACAAUUGAGUCGGAGACGGAAAAACGCAGUCACAAGUAUGAGCUCGAGGACGAGGCUCGCAAACAUCGUCAUGAGCUCGACGAACUUCGGCGCGAGCUCAAGGAUGAGACGCAGCGAGCGGAGGCGAGUCACCGCGAGGCUUUGGAUGCUCUUGAGCGACAUUUCAAGGCCGAAAUUGAGGAAGAGCGUCGCCAGAAGUCGAGGGAGGUGCAAGAUUUACGAACACGGCUUGGUCAUGAGCAGCAAGAUCUCAACGCCAUCCUUCAGAAGAAGGACAGAGAGGUAUCGGAAAUGAGAGGCGUGGUAGAGACACUCAAGGGAGAUUUGGACCGCGAGCAAAGUCUCAAGAAGGGUCUUGAGGCCAGCAUUUCGGAACUCUCUGCCUCCAACGUCACCCUCGAGGCCAAGAUCAACUCGCUCAAGUCUCAUGUCGAGUUUCUCGAGUCAGACAGUAAGGCUCAAUCGGACUCCUUCUCCAACAUGGAAGCCAGACUGCAAGAAGCGCUCAAGGCGGCCCAAGUGGCCGAGGAGAAGCUCAUCAAGGAGGAGACGGAACGCCGCGUCCUCUUCAACAAGUACCAAGAGCUCAAGGGCAAUAUUCGUGUCAUGUGCAGAGUCCGUCCUGUACUGAGUUCGUCAGAGGGUGCGCCGGCCAAGGUCACCUUUCCCGACGAGAAGACAUCCGCCGAGAUCGCAUUGCAGACGCAGGAAGUCAACAGCUUUGGCGAUGUCUCGAACAAGAACAUCAACUUUGAAUUUGACAGGGUGUUUGACCCAUCAGCCCAGAAUCAAGAUGUUUUUGACGAGAUUUCACAGCUCGUGCAAAGCGCACUCGACGGCUACAACGUGUGCAUCUUUUGCUACGGCCAGACGGGGUCUGGCAAGACACACACCAUGUCUUCUGCAGACGGCAUGAUUCCUCGCGCGACUCACAUGAUUUACGACACGGUUACCAAGUUGAAGGAGAAGCAGUGGACCUACAAGAUGGAGGGCUCCUUUAUUGAGGUGUACAAUGAGGAGCUCAACGACUUGUUGACGCCCAACAGCCGCGAAUCAGACGGCAAGGUGCGCAAACUCGAGAUCCGGCACGACGAUGCUCGCAAGCAGACGGCAGUGCUCAACUGCAAGACCGUGUCACUUGAUUCGGCCGAUACGGUGGAGGUGAUGCUCGCUGAGGCGCAGAACAACCGAUCGGUGGCGGCUACCAAGGCCAACGAGCGGUCGUCGCGUUCGCACAGCGUCUUCAUCCUCAAGCUGUCUGGCUACAAUUCGGCAACGGGAGAGCGGUGCGAGGGUACACUGAACCUGGUGGACCUCGCGGGCUCUGAGCGGCUCAAACACUCGCAGGCCGAGGGCGCCAGGAUGAGGGAGACACAGAACAUCAACAAGUCUCUGUCGUGUCUCGGCGAUGUGAUUGAGGCGCUCGGCAAGAAGAGCGGGCACAUUCCAUAUCGCAACUCCAAGUUGACGCAUUUGCUUCAGUACUCUCUUGGGGGUAACAGCAAGACGCUCAUGUUUGUGAUGGUCAGCCCGUUGGAGGCGCAUCUGAAGGAGACGGUGACGAGUUUGCGUUUUGCUACCAAAGUUCAUAAUACCCAUAUUGGCACAGCCAAGGCUACGAAGAAGGCGUAG